GUGUGUGUGUGUGUUUCAGUUACUUUUUGCCUAGAUUCCUUCAGCAUCAUUCUGCCACAGAGUGUAGACGCUGUGAGAGGACGCUGUGUUGUCAUUCCCUGCACUUUUACAAUUGAGGACAAGUUUGAAAAAGAUCUCCAGAAAAAUCUUAAAGGAAUGUGGUUUAAAGAUGGCACUGAGCAAAAUCACAUAGUCUUUGACUCCACAACACCUAAAGACAACAAGAUUAAAGGGAAAAUAACAGGAGAUCUCAGAAUGAAGAACUGCACCACCAUCUUCAACAGUGUCAAUAAGAGUCACAGUGGGAGAUAUUACUUCAGAAUUUCAGAGUCAGGAGAACUGAAAUACACUUACACAACUGCAUCUGUUUAUAUAAAUGUCAGUGACUCUCCCCCCAAACCCACACUGAGUCUGUAUGGAGAUCAGAUGGAGGUGCAGGAUCGGAGGGUGUUGGAGGGCAGCUCUGUGAGUUUGUUCUGCUCUGCUUUUUCUCUGUGUCCCUCUGUACUGCCCACAUUAUCAUGGAGCCCCCUGCCAACUAACAUCAGCCAGGAGCAGAACCAAAACACCAGCUUCAUCUCCUCUCAGCUGAACUUCAUCACUACUCACCUUCAUCAUAGACUCAGAUUCAACUGCACUGCCACCUACCAGCUGGAGAACAAUGACACCAAAACCACCCAGCGCUCUCUGGUUUUACGAGUCCUGUAUCCCCUAAGAACACAUCUGUAUCAGUGUCUCCAUCUGGUCCAGUGAUGUUGGGCAGGUCAGUGAGUCUGAGCUGCAGCAGUGAUGGAAACCCAGCAGUGAACUACACCUGGUACAGAGAGAAUGGAGAGCAGAUAGAGACCGGACCCUCUCUCACCAUCAACAAGACUGAUGAUACACACAGUGGUUUAUACUACUGUAGAGCUCAGAACCAACAUGGAGCUCAAAACUCAUCUGUGCAGCUGGACAUUCAGUAUGCUCCCAGGAAAACGUCAGUGUCAGUGUCUCCAUCUGGUCCAGUGAUGUUGGGCAGGUCAGUG